CGAGCCCACGAACCUUCUCGGAUCUACGAUGGCGCUGACGGUCUUUUUGUGGAUAAGUGCGCCCUGACCGGCGAGACCGAGCAGCCGAGCGAACGACGGGCCGUGAACGCGCCCAGAGGACAUUCACAUCGUCCCCAUGUCGGGAGCGCGCCUCGCGCAGAGCGAGCCAUUUCGACCUCGCUGACGGCGCGCGCCCGGGGCCCCCGCGCAUCAGGAAGCCGAGCGAGCGCGAGGGCGACGUCGAGGUACGAGAGCGGGAAACGGGCGCGUGUGCGGACGUGCGGAGACGUGACCGUGUGGUGGACGAGCGCAGGGACCCACCGCUGCUUCGAGGAUGAGGAGCCGCAGUAACUCCGGCGUGCGGCUCGACGGGUACGCCCGACUGGUGCAGGAAACCAUACUGCACCUGCAGAACCCGGUCACAGGCCUGCUGCCGGCCAGCGAGCAGAAGAAGGAUGCUUGGGUGCGGGACAAUGUGUACAGCAUCCUGUCCGUGUGGGGUCUGGGCAUGGCCUACCGCAAGAACGCCGACCGCGAUGAGGACAAGGCCAAGGCCUACGAGCUGGAGCAGAGUGUGGUGAAACUGAUGCAAGGCCUGCUGCAGUGCAUGAUGCGACAGGUGGCCAAGGUGGAGAAGUUCAAACAAACCCAGAGCACCAGCGACUGCCUCCACGCCAAGUACCAUACUCCCACGUGUAGCACCGUCGUCGGGGAUGACCAGUGGGGGCACCUGCAGGUGGACGCCACUUCGCUCUACCUCCUCUUCCUGGCACAGAUGACGGCCUCAGGUCUGCGAAUCAUAUCCAACUUGGAUGAGGUGGCUUUUAUACAGAACCUUGUCUUCUACAUCGAGGCAGCCUACAAAGUUGCAGAUUAUGGGAUGUGGGAGCGAGGCGACAAGACCAAUCAGGGCAUCCCGGAGCUCAAUGGAAGUUCUGUAGGAAUGGCUAAGGUACGAGGGCAAAGGCACCCGUUGUUUGAGCUGGCUGUGAUUAAGGUAGCCCGUGCAGUGGAAGCCCACGCUGAGGUUUUGCAGAUGAAGAAGGCAGCGCUGGAGGCCAUCGAUGAGCUGGAUCUGUUCGGAGCACACGGGGGACCCAAAUCUGUCAUCCAUGUUCUUCCUGAUGAGGUGGAACACUGCCAGUCCAUCCUCUGCUCCAUGCUGCCUAGAGCCUCCACAUCCAAGGAGAUUGAUGCAGGCCUUCUGUCAGUUAUCUCCUUCCCUGGAUUUGCAGUCGAAGACCCUGACCUGGUCAGCAUCACCAAGAGCGAAAUCAUUAACAAGUUGCAGGGGCGGUAUGGCUGCUGCCGAUUCCUUCGAGACGGCUACAAGACCCCCAGGGAGGACCCCUCUCGCCUCCAUUACGACCCGGCAGAGCUCAAGUUAUUUGAGAACAUCGAGUGCGAGUGGCCCGUGUUCUGGAGUUUCCUCGUCCUGGAUGGUAUUUUCAGUGGAGACCAAGAACAGGUACAAGAAUACCGAGAGGCGUUGGAUGGAAUUCUAAUCCGGGGAAAGAAUGGGAUCCGUUUGAUGCCGGAGCUGUACGCUGUACCAGCAGACAAGGUAGAAGAAGAGUACAAAAACCCACACACAGUGGACCGGGUGCCCAUGGGCUCGCUGCCCCACAUGUGGGGACAAUCCCUAUACAUUCUGGGCUGCCUCCUGGCUGAGGGUUUCCUGGCUCCUGGUGAAGUCGACCCACUCAACAGGAGGUUCGCCACAUGUUUCAAACCAGAUGUGGUUGUGCAAGUCUGUGUGGUCGCAGAGACCGCGAAGAUCCAGGAGCUGCUCCGGGACAGUGGGAUCGAUGUGCAGACGGUGUCUGAGGUGCUGCCCAUCCGCAUCAUGCCAGCCCGCAUCCUGAGCCACAUCUAUGUAAAACUGGGACACUGUAAGAAGCUGAACCUUAGCGGUCGGCCGUACAGGCAUAUUGGAGUCCUGGGAACAUCAAAAUUUUACGAGAUCAGAAAUCGUACUUACACUUUCACACCGCAGUUCAUUGACCAGCACCAUUUCUACCUGGCUCUGGACAACCAGAUGAUCAUGGAGAUGCUGCGCACGGAGCUGGCCUACCUGUCUUCCUGCUGGAGGAUGACUGGGCGCCCCACCCUCACCUUCCCCAUCACCCACAGCAUGCUGCUGGAGGAUGGAGAGACCAUCGACCCCUCCGUGCUUGCCACCGUACAAAAGCUGCAGGAUGGAUACUUCGGAGGCGCAAGGGUGCAGAUGGGUAAGCUGUCCAGCUUCCUCACCACCUCCUUUCACACGCAUCUCAGCUUCCUGGACACAGAUGAGGAUCUGCAGGAUGAGGAAGAGGAAGAGGAAGACGAUGAAGGCUUUGAGGGUGUCUGUGACAGCAGCUUGUCACAAGAUGUUCCAAAGGACAUGUUUGAUCAGUACCUCACCCAACUGCUACAGAGCACAGCGCACAAGUGCAAUCUCCCUCCCAUCCAGAGGGGGCAGCAGCAUGUCUUCAGCGCUGAGCACACCACCCGUGACAUCCUGUCCUUCAUGGCCCAGGUUCAGGGACUGAAAAUGCCCCAGGCGUCCAUGUAUCUGCCAGUCACUCCCAUUCUGAGUAAACAUCGCAAGUCACUGAACCUUCUCCAUGUCCCCCACCCUCACCAACACCAACACCAACACCACCACCAUCACCACCACCUUCAUGCCAAGGCUCAUAGUGUUGACCUGCACCUGCCCCGUGAUGCCCAUGGCAACACGGACUUCGCAUCCCUGGUCAGGCAGUUGAAGGAGUGUCCCACCCUCCAGGACCAGGCAGACAUCCUCUACAUCCUCUAUGUGAUGAAGGGUGCUGACUGGCUGGUGGACCUGGGGCAGGGUGGCGCCACCGUUCGAUCCCUCCUUGAAGAGCUCUAUGCCAAGGCAGGGCACUCUAAGGAAUGGGGUCUCAUCCGCUACAUCUCCGGGAUACUGCGCAAGAGGGUGGAAGUGUUGGCAGAGGCCUGCACAGACCUCAUUUCCCACCACAAGCAGCUGACGGUGGGGUUACCCCCUGAACCCAGGGAGAAGGUCAUCACAGUCCCUCUGCCUCCCGAGGAGCUCAGUAACCUGAUCUAUGAGGCCAGUGGGCAGGAUAUCAGCAUAGCGGUUCUCACUCAGGAGAUUAUGGUCUAUCUGGCCAUGUAUGUCCGGUCACAGCCAGCGCUCUUCGGGGACAUGCUUCGAUUGCGCAUUGGCCUCAUCAUGCAGGUGAUGGCCACCGAGCUGGCCCGCAGUCUCAACUGCUCCGGGGAGGAAGCGUCAGAAAGUUUGAUGAACCUGAGUCCUUCAGACAUGAAGAACCUGCUACACCACAUCUUCAGUGGGAAGGAAUUUGGGGUGGAAAGAAGCAUGCGUGCUGUUGAGUCCUCUGCCACCAGUCCAGCCAUAUCCAUCCGUGAGCUGGGCCACACUGGGGCCACCAAGACCGAGCGCACUGGGAUCAGCAAGAUGAAGACUGAGGUGAAACAGCUCGAUGACUCCAGACCAAUGAGUAUGUUUUCCAGUGGUUAUUCCAUCAGCAGCACCGCCACCUCACCACGCUCCACGAGGUGCAGCAGCCCCUCAACGCCCAGUGGUGCCCAGUCCCCCACGGGCCCUGGGGUCGGGCCCCUACAGUGGGAGGAGCGCCAGGGCCAGUGGCUGAGGCGGCGGCGGCUGGAUGGUGCUAUCAACCGGGUGCCUAUGGGCUUCUACCAGAAAGUGUGGAAGAUCCUUCAGAAGUGCCAUGGCCUGUCCAUCGACGGCUAUGUGCUGCCCUCCUCCACCACCCGUGAGAUGACAGAGGGUGAGAUCAAGUUCGCCGUCCACGUGGAGUCCGUGCUCAACCACAUCCCCCAGCCCGAGUACAGACAGCUGCUGGUGGAGGCCAUCAUGGUCCUCACCCUUGUGGCAGACGUGGAUGUUCAGAGCAUCGGCGCCAUCGUGUACGUUGACCGCAUCGUCCACAUGGCCAAUGAGCUCUUCCGCCAGGACCAGAAAUCUCAUGGUGCCAACGAGGUCUUCCUGGAACAGGACCCUGCCACAGGCAUCUGUAACCUCUUCUAUGACAGCGCCCCCAGUGGCCGCUUCGGCACCAUGACGUACCUCUCCAAGGCCGUGGUCUCGUAUGUCCAAGACUUCCUGCCCAACACCAGCUGCCUGAUGCAGUAGAAAGGCAGAAAUGUUUUUGGAACGUUUUAAAGCACUACUACCUUACUUCAGGUCCUUUUAUGUCCCAGUACAGCACUGCACACCAUGUCAUAAUUAAAAUAAUGAAUAUUUUAUUUAAUUUUAUCUGUUAAUCUUAGUAGCACAUUAUUUUUAAGCUUUACAGUUAGGUACUGAUAAUAUUUAAAAAUUAUUUAUUUUGUCUUCGGUUCUAAAGAGUAAUAUUAAAUUAAAAUGAUUUAUUAAAUUAUUCUCAUACUGUGCAAUCACGUUUUGGCUGUUUUAGGAAAAAUGAAUAACGUGUCAUAUAAAUGAUAAGGAAUUAGUCAACUGCCUGUCCUUGUUAUCACGUAAUUGUUAUAGGGUGUAAUUCUUAUUUAUAGCUGUAAAGACAGAGAAUGAAUGCACACUGUAUUAUUUUGGACUUCGUUUUUAUGUAAUUAGCUGUGUGUUUGUGUGUUUCUGUGCCUUGAGGUUUGUCAGUAUUCUAGUAACUUUUUGUCGUGUGUUCACGUGCUCCUUUUAUUGAUUUGUUAUAAUAUUAUACGGUGCUUGGAGUAACAGAAAACAUUUCCGGGUUUUGGUGGCUCAGCUUCACUCAUUCAGACCGGGAUCACAUAAGCCAAUGUUACAGUUCUGAGGUCCAGUGUUUUACAGCUGCUUUAGCUGACCUGGGUACCACCUUUUACUUGAAUGGGACCAGACCCUUCCUUAAAUAACCUCAACUGCUUUGUUCAUACUGAAGAAAAACCUGUUUUU